CCAUUUUCCGCCGAAAGAAACCACCUUCACAAUAUCCUAUGUGAACUUACAAUAAUAAUCUAUGUUUUCCAACAUAAUUACCGUUACACCAUCACAUUGUCACCAACAAUGGCAUCCAACCAAAACUUAAGAGAUCUUCAAUGGCUUCUGCAAUCAAUUCAAACAGAAAGUCUCAAUCUCAAAAGCAUCUCAUUCCAUCUUUCACAACCAACAUCAUGUUGCCAUCAACAAACUCAUGAUUCCAUUCAUAUAAACAUUUCCACUGCAUCCCAUUUCCAGUUUUCCAACAUUCUCACCCUCCUAUCAUCAUGCUCCAACACCCGAUUUUCGCUACAAAAUCUCGAGUUUUAUCGCGUAGAAUGGGAUGUGGAAGAAGUAAGGAAUCUCGAGAUCUUACUCGAUAAUUCUUCGAAUGUAAAACGGGUUGAGUUCAAGAAAAACAAGCUGAGUUUUGAGUGCAUGGACGGGUUAGCGAAAAUCUUGAAAAAGAAUAAUGUGAUUAAAGAGAUUGUGUUGUCUGAAUCAAGAAUUGGUUCAUAUGGAGCUUGUUUGAUUGCUUCUGCUUUGAAGGUGAAUACUUGUUUAGAAGAGCUGCAAAUAUGGGAAGAUUCGAUAGGGUCAAAAGGGGCAGAGGAGAUUUCGAAAAUGAUCGAAGCGAAUUCGACGUUGAAGGUGUUGACUAUCUUUGACUCGAGUUCGAUCACAGCCACCCCUUUGAUAUCUGCAGUGCUAGCAAGGAACAGAUCCAUGGAAGUUCAUGUAUGGAGUGGAGAACAUGGUAAGGACAGUAGCUCGAAAGUGGUUGAAUUUGCACCAGAAAGUAGCACAUUGCGGAUAUACCGGCUCACGGUUUCAGGGGCAUGCAGGGUGGCUUGUGCUCUGGGGUGGAACACAACGGUCAAAUCUCUUGAUCUAACCGGGGUCCGGUUAAGAUCGCGGUGGGCGAAGGAGUUCCGUUGGGUUCUAGAACAAAACCGGAGUCUAAAGGAAGUUUACCUCACCAAAACAUGCUUAAAAAACAAGGGUGUUGUUUAUGUCGCUGCCGGACUUUUCAAGAAUAGAAGCUUGGAAACCUUGCAUUUAGACGAUAACCGGUUUAACGGGGUUGGUGUUGAACACUUGCUCUGCCCGUUAACCCGGUUUUCCACUCUUCAAAUUCAAGCGAAUAUAACUUUAAAAUCGAUAACAUUCGGAGGGAAAAGAACGAAGAUAGGGAGGGUCGGUUUGAUUGCGAUUUUGCAGAUGUUGAGCAGUAAUCAGACUGUAACAAGAUUGGGUAUAUAUGAAGAUCAAAGUUUAAGACCACAAGAUUUUAUAAGAAUUUUUAAAAAUUUGGAGGGAAAUGUUAGUUUGAAGUGUUUGUCUUUGCAAGGUUGCAAAGGGGUUGAUGGUGAUUUGGUGUUGAAGACCAUAAUGGAGACUUUGCAGGUCAACCCUUGGAUUGAGGAGAUUGAUAUUGCAAGAACCCCACUUCAGAUUUGUGGGAAAGCAGAAGAAAUAUAUCUGAAAUUAGGUCAAAAUGCGAAAUCGGAACAUGAACCUGAAGUUGAUUUGCUCAAGGAUAUGCCUAUGACAGUGCCUAAAAGCUGUAGAAUAUUUAUUUGUGGACAAGAAUUUGCUGGAAAAACCACAUUAUGCAACUCCAUAUCACAAAACCUGUCUUCUCCAAAGCUACCAUACAUUGAUCAAGUCAAAACCCUAGUAAAUCCAGUUGAGCAAGCGAUAAAAACAACAGGAAUGAAAGUAAAAACAUUCAAAGACGAAGACACGAAGCUUUCGAUAUGGAACCUCGGAGGUCACCACGAGUUGUUCUCCGUUCACGACCUCAUGUUUCCUGGGCACGGGAGCGCUUCGUUUUUUGUAGUCGUUUCCAGCUUGUUCCGUAAACCAAACAACAGAGAACCAAAAUCACCAUCAGAGUUGGAAGAAGACCUGCAAUAUUGGCUCAGGUUCAUAGUUUCCAAUUCGAAAAGAGCAGAUCAACAAUGCAUGCUACCAAAUGUAACCAUGGUGCUAACCCACCAUGAUAAGGUGGAUUCGACAUCACUGGAUUUCCAGCAUACCGUAAACGCUGUUCAGAGAGUUAGAGACAAAUUCCAAGGGUACGUCGAUUUCUAUCCAACGGUAUUCACAGUAGACGCAAGAUCAUCCGCUUCAGUGAGUAAACUCACUCAUCACAUCAGAAAAACCAGCAAAACCGUCCUGCAAAGAGUCCCAAGAGUCUACGAACUCUGCAACGAUCUCAUAACAAUAUUAUCCGAUUGGAGGUCGGAGAAUCACGAAAAACCAGCGAUGAGGUGGCGAGAAUUCAGUGAGUUGUGCCAGAUUAGAGUCCCGUCUCUACGAGUUCAAUCGAGAAGCAGUCAAGUAGUAAAAAGAGUAGAGAUGCGGCGAAAGGCAGUAGCCGCGUGUCUUCAUAGUAUAGGAGAGGUGAUAUACUUUGAAGAAUUGGAGUUUUUGAUCUUGGAUUUCCAGUGGUUUUGCGGUGAGGUGAUCGGUCAGCUAGUGAAGUUAAACGUUAGAAAAACAAGCUCUAAUGAAGGCGUUAAAGGUGGAUUUGUGAGUAGAAAAGAGUUGGAGAAGAUUCUGAGAGGAAGUUUACAUAGCCAGAUUCCUGGGAUGGGUUCCAAGAUUUUUGGGAACUUGGAUGCUGGUGAUCUGGUGAACAUGAUGCUGAAACUGGAAUUGUGUUAUAGACAAGAUCCAUCUGAUCCGGAAUCUUUGCUGCUGAUUCCUUCUCUUCUAGAAGAAAACAGAACACGGAUACCGAUAUGGCAGUUGGUUACAUCGGAUUGUGUUUUUGCAGGAAGACAUCUUGAAUGCCAUGAUUCGAGUCACAUGUUCCUCACCCCCGGGUUCUUCCCAAAAUUACAGGUUCAACUACACAACAAAAUCAUAGGACUCAAGAGCCAACACGGAGCAACGUACAGUCUAGAAAAACACCUCAUCUUGAUAAACAUCAACGGAAUCCACAUCCGAGUCGAGCUAGGAGGACAACUCGGGUACUAUAUUGACAUUCUCGCUUGCUCAACCAAAAACCUAACCGAAACCAUUAAGCUCUUUCGAGAACUUCUUUACCCACCAAUUCAAAACCUCUGUCCGGGGUUGACUUUGACCGAAAACGUCAUUCGUCCCGAAUGCGUCAAAAAUCUAACACCCCCACGAUACCGAAAAACCCAAUAUGUACCACUCCCUUAUUUAAAACAGGCUUUGCUCUCAGUUCCAGCAGACAGCAUGUAUGACUAUCAGCAUACUUGGAGCCCAGUCUCAGAUUCGGGUCGACCCGUAUUGGGAUCCGGGUUUGACUUUGCUCGAGAUCUACUAUCCGACGAUGACUUCAGAGAAGUACUUCAUAGAAGGUAUCAUGACCUUUAUAAUCUAGCUGUGGAGUUACAAGUGCCUACCGAUUCGGACAUUAAUCGUCCUCAACAAGAUGAACCCGGUAAAGUUGACCCGUCAUUUGCGGGGAUUGCUAAAGGGGUAGAAGAGGUGAUUCAGAGGCUCAAGAUCAUCGAGAUGGAAAUCCGAGACUUGAAACAAGAAAUCCAAGGGCUGAGAUACUACGAACAUAGGCUAUUAACCGAGCUUCAUCGAAAGGUUAAUUAUAUAGCGAAUUAUAACGUUCAAAUAGAAGAAAGAAAGGUUCCAAACAUGUUUUACUUCGUGAAAACCGAGAAUUACUCGAGGAGAUUGGUAACGAAUAUGAUAUCUGGGAUGACUGCGCUUCGGCUUCACAUGCUGUGUGAGUUCAGAGGCGAAAUGCACGUUGUUGAAGAUCAAAUGGGGUGUGAAAUGAUGCAGGUAGACAACAGAGCAGUGAUUUCUUUAGCCCCGUACAUGAAAGGGUUCAUGAAACUGUUGACGUUUGCAUUGAAAAUAGGAGCUCAUAUAGCUGCAGGAAUGGGGGAGAUGAUACCGGAUUUGAGCAGAGAAGUUGCGCAUUUGGCGGGAAACCCGCUUGUAUAUGGGGCAGCGGGUAUGGCGGCAGCGGGGGCGGUUGGGGUGGCCGCUGCUGGCGGGAGCAGCAGCAGAGGGAGGUCGACCGAUAUUCAGCAAGAUAUGAAAGCAGCACAGCAGUGGGUUGUGGAUUUUUUACGGGAAAGAGGGUGCUCUACGGGGAAAGAUAUUGCGGAAAAGUUUGGACUGUGGAGAGUUAGAUAUAGGGAUGAUGGUCAGAUUGCUUGGGUUUGCAGACGUCAUAUGUAUACUCGAGCAAAUGAAAUAUUUGAGGUACCAAUGUGACAAAAAAGAUGGAGAUAGAGGGUUUGGUAGUUUCAGAUCACACCAUCUUUGUAUUUAUCUAUCCUUGUAUUUGAUACUAGCACUAUGUAAUAUAAAUGCUCAUUGCAUAAAGAUCAAGUAGAAUGUCCAUCAAGUUUAAGUUCUUAAGAAGUGAAAUAGCUAAUGUCUCAUCUUUACGAUAA